UCACCUCCACCACCUUCAUCACCUCCACCACCUUCAUCACCUCCACCACUGCCAUCACCUCCACCACCUCUAUCACCUCCACUACCUUCAUCACCUCCAUCACUUCUAUCACCUCCAACACCUUUAUCACUUCCACCACCUUCAUCACUUCCACCACCUUCAUCACCUCCACCACCACCAUCACCUCCACCACCUCUAUCUCCUCCACCACCUUCAUCACCUCCAUCACUUCUAUCACCACCAACACCUUUAUCACUUCCACCACCUUCAUCACUUCCACCACUUUCAUCACCUCCAUCACCUGUAUCACCUCCACCACCUUCAUCACCUCCACCACCUUCAUCACCUCCACCACCGCCAUCACCUCCACCACCUCUAUCACCUCCACCACCUUCAUCACCUCCAUCACUUCUAUCACCUCCAACACCUUUAUCACUUCCACCACCUUCAUCACCUCCACCACCUCUAUCACCUCCACCACCUUCAUCACCUCCACCACCUUCAUCACCUCCACCACUGCCAUCACCUCCACCACCUCUAUCACCUCCACUACCUUCAUCACCUCCAUCACUUCUAUCACCUCCAACACCUUUAUCACUUCCACCACCUUCAUCACUUCCACCACCUUCAUCACCUCCACCACCACCAUCACCUCCACCACCUCUAUCUCCUCCACCACCUUCAUCACCUCCAUCACCUCUAUCUCCUCCACCACCUUCAUCACCUCCAUCACUUCUAUCACCACCAACACCUUUAUCACUUCCACCACCUUCAUCACCUCCACCACCUUCAUCACCUCCACCACCUUCAUCACCUCCACCACCGCCAUCACCUCCACCACCUCUAUCACCUCCACCACCUUCAUCACCUCCACCACUUUCAUCACCUCCAUCACCUCUAUCACCUCCACCACCUUCAUCACCUCCACCACCUUCAUCACCUCCACCACCGCCAUCACCUCCACCACGUUCAUCACCUCCACCACCUUCAUCACUUCCACCACUUUCAUCACCUCCAUCACCUCUAUCACCUCCACCACCUUCAUCACCUCCACCACUAUCACCUCCACCACCUUCAUUGCCUCCACCACCAGAAAGGAAGACAGGACUAGCUUUGGUGGGACAGCUGCCUCCAAAGAAGCCCCAGAUACCACUGUUAGUAAUGGUGGAAGAAGAACAGCAUCUUGUGGUAUUAGAAAAGCCCCAGCCGUCACUGUUGCUAAUAGUUAUAGAACAUCGUCUUAUGUCAAAAGUUUCAAUGAAACACCCAGAAAUGAUAUUGGGGCAAGAAGAGUCAAAGGAACUGCCCAACCAACCACUGGAUUCAUCACAAGCAAGGUUGUCAUUUGACUCAUCAUCAGAAUCCCUGGAAACAAUGCUGACACACCCACAGCUCAUAAUUCCAACUGUUCAUACCCAAGUGGAAGAGUCAUCAUAA